AUGCUGGAGAUGACUUUGAUCAUUCUGCUUGGGCUCUCCACGUUGUUGGAUACCUUCGCAGUUAAUGUAUGCCUGGACUCCACCGACGCCGACAGAUGUCAAAUUGAUGCACACGGAAACUUGAUCCUGGGUUUGUGCGGCACUACAGAUGCCGAUUUCGACGAUCUAGCGUCGUGCUUGGAAGCCGCCGGACCAGAAACAAUAACAACCCUGUACCUGUACCGCAACGAGCUCACCACGCUGCCUGAGGGCAUCUUCGGGGGUCUUACGGCCUUGGAAACACUGAAGUUCGAUGUAGAACAGGUCGGGGGUGUCUGAGACCACCUCCAGCCCACGUACCAUAGUCUCACUGCGGUUAUGGCAUCUACGCCCAACCGCUGCACUAUCUCGGAUGCUUGGGGUUGGAUGGGCUUGUCUGUGAAACACACGGUUCGGUCAAUUUCGAUCUGAAUGUGCAUUCAUUCGGCAUUUUGGCCGGUACAUUUAUCGUACCAUGUAAGCAGGUUUUGAGGUGAUAAGAGAGAAAGAGGCGAUCUUGGCGUUGCUGGAAACGUGAGCACCCAAGGAUCGUACUAGGUGUCGGGAUCAGUUGUCGCUUCCUGGCAUUCGCCGUAGACCCCUUACAUGGUGGUGCCCUGUUGGCCUCAUAUCCUAGCCUCUUAUCCGAUUCGCGGUGUACUCAAUGCAACCCUGGAACGGGUCCCAACUGCCAACUCGUCGCCUUCGCUGUAGCCGGAAGCAGGCAUGAUUGUUGUGGUUGUACCCAGCUCACCGCGGCGGCCGCGGCGUUGCUAGCGCCACUGUACUGAAGGGCGUCCGUACAUGCUGGUGGGCUGGCCGCGCUUCGUAGAUCACCAUGUGCGGUAGCAAGCACUGAUUCCUAGCUCAUGUGUGUUAUCUGCUCCGCUCGUGGCCUUACCUCGACACCCGA